CCGGGAAGGCUCCUAGUAUCUUUGGGGGUGGGGGGCAGAGUCACGCCGCUCUGCCGGCAGCCUCCCCUUUCCCUUGAAGCCCCGGGAAGGUUUGGGACCCGCGAGCAGGCUGUGCGACGUUCCCUCGUGCUCUCUGGCCUGCUCACUCUGAGGAGGCUUUGCCGAAGGCCUCCCCUUUCCCCUGAUGGCUUCGGGGAUGAUGUCCGGAGGAUGGCGAGAAGAGGACCGAGAAGCUGGGCGAAGGGAGAGGAGAAUCAGACCUCAGUUCGUACUGGGAAGAAAGGCAAGAGCAGCUUCUUCAGGACGACAAAGGAGGGGACACAUCAGCAGGCAACGGGCCAGAACAAGAAGAAUUGUGGGAAGGCAUCCGCCGUGGUGUCGUCAGAAAACUCAGAAUACGAAGCAUCAAAAGAAACCCCAGUUCAUGAAAGGAACAAGUCAAAGGAAGCGAAAAAGAAAUCCCGCACUUCUCAGGACACUGAUGUCCACGAACCCGUCGUCUCAAAGAAAGAUCACAAAGAGAACAAAUGUACAGAGUGUGGUGAAAUAUUUAGAUAUAAAUCACAAUUAAAAACGCAUUACCGAACGCAUAGAGAGGUGAAACCAUUUAAUGCACGGUGUGUGGAAAGAGCUUCAGCCACGGUGGUAGCCUUAGCAUGCAUCACAGAAUCCCACAGGGGACAAACCAUUCAAAUGUACCGAGUGUGGAAAAAGUUUCACUGGAAGUGGGACCUUUCUAAGCAUCAGAGAAUCCACACAAGGGAGAAACCGUUCAGAUGCAUGGAUUGUGGAAAAUGCUUUAGUCAGAGCGCUCACCUUACUUUACACGAAAGAACACAUACGGGGGAGAAAACCGUUCAAGUGUAUGGAGUGUGGAAAAGGUUUCGCUGGAAGCGGUGACCUUUCCAAGCAUCUCAGUAUCCACACGAGGGAGAAUCCCUUCAAAUGCUGGAGUGUGGAAAGUGCUUUACUCAAAGAUCUCACCUUGCUUUUCAUCAGAGAACAUACACAGGGGAGAAACAGUUUAACUCUUUGGAGUGUGGAAAGAGCUCCAGUGGGAGUGGUGAACUUACUCAGCAUCAAUAGCACACACAGGGGAGAAACAGUUUCAGUGUCCGGAGUGUGGAAAGAGUUUCAGUAGGGGGGGCGGCCUUACCAAGCACCAGAGAAUCCACACGAGGGAAAACCGUCCUAUGCAAGGUGUGUGGGAAACGCUUUAGCGAGAACGCUCACUUUGUUUACAUCAAAGAACGCACACAGGGGAGAAGCCGUUUAAAUGCACGGAUUGCGGAAAAAGCUUCUGUGGGGUCGGUGACCUUACUAAGCAUCGGAGAAUCCACACAAGGAGAAAACCGUUCCUAUGCAAGGAGUGUGGAAAGAGCUUUAGUCAAAGUGCUCACCUUACUUUACAUCAAAGACCGCACACAGGGGAGAAGCCGUUUAAAUGUGCAGAGUGUGGAAAGAGCUUCAGUGGGAAAGUGACCUUACUAAGCACAAAAGAAUACACACAAAGAAGAAAUCAUAAAAUCACAGAACCACCUCUCUCUCUAUCUCGGGCUGCAGCUCCUUCCUUACAUUAUUUAUUCUGUUGUCACCAGGUUUGGUACUGCUUCCUUUGGGGUGAAGACGGAGGCAAAGUUGGUUUUGAGUGGUUCUGCCUUCCGUUUCGUCACUCAAUAGUGUUUCCUCAGUCUUCUCCACAGAGAGGACCUUGAACUUGCUUGUUCUUCCUCUUGCUUUGAACAUAGCUGAAGAAAACUUUAUUUUGUUAAGCUCUCUUGCAAGCCUGAGCUUUUGACAUUCACCCUGCAACUUUCAUUUCUUAUACAUGCCUUUGUUAAUUCUCAGCUGAUCUCCGUACCACUUUCUUUAGCUGCCGUACCACUUUCUUUAGCUGCCUCCCACAUUUCUGUCUUGUUUGGAUUGUCUGCAUUUGUGCAUUCAGUAUUUCACCUUUAAGAAACUCCCAUCCACUUUCGACUCCCUUCCUCUUGGGAGUAUUUCUGACCGUGGGAGCUCCUUAAGCUUUUUUGAAAUUGGCCUUCUUAAAAGUCCAGAGUGCAUGCUGACUACGCUCAGCUUUUCCUUGCUGUGUAUCGUGAAACCCAGAGGACAUGAUCACUUCCUCCCAAGUUUCCCAGUACUUCGACCAGUUCCUCUCUGUUGGUGAGCAACGGGUCCAAGAUAAAAUAUCUCUUUGCUGCUCCUUCCAUCUUCUGGGAAAUGAAAUAGUCAGCAAGGCAAUGGGUGAAUUUACUGGACCUUACAUUCUUGGAAGAAUUUCAGUUCCAACAGAGUUUGGGAUAGCUCAAGUCUCCGAUGACUACUAUAUCUACUUUUUAAUGUGGGUCAUCUGCUCUCCAAAGGCAUCAUCCAAAUUUUCAGUCUGGCUUAGGAAUCUAUACCAGACCAGCACCCCAGUAAGGUCACUGUUGUUUCUCUCAAUAUACAGUUGCAAUUGAAAUUAUUCAGGCCUCCAUUGCAAAACGGGUUCAUUAUCAAAAUUUACAGACUUUCAGCUGUUUGCAAUGAGCAAAUCAAAAGAAAAGCAAUUGAAAAAACUCAACACAACGGAUGCUUCCAGUGGUUCCCCCUAAAUUCCGCUGGCAUGCAAUUACACUGGCUUAUCCAGUCUCACUAUAUUCAAACACUUCAUGCCAAGAAUCUUUAGUACUUAGUAGAGCAGCUUUUGCCUCUAUGAGUUUUUCUGUUGAGUUCAAGUCAGGUGACUGUGAUGGCCACCUUCCAGGACUUCUGCAACCAAAGUCUUGGUGGGUUUUUGCUUAAGCCUAACCCUUCCUUGCACGGCCAGUGGUUUAUUUGCAGUAUUUUCCUCUCUCCCUGGGCCACAACCCUCAACAAGAAGAAAUGAUGGAACACACCACCUGUGCCCCAAAGCCCUUCAGCUUCCUGCCCAGAGUCCCUGUUAGAUGUUGAAGGAUGUGUGUGGCGGUAUUGUGAAUCAGAAGGGAACCGAUAGUUGACCAGCGGGCUUUAUAAGACUUGGCAACUUCUCUGCAAAAUCUUGAAUUUAUGCACCUGGAAGACAACACACCUCCCGGGACACUGUUUCCUCCGCGCACUGCUGCCUCUCUCCCCCUCAAUAGGGAGGCACCUACCACUGCCUCUUUCACCUCUGCGGAGUGGCAGAAUUAUGUAUUCACUGUGGCUGCUCACACAUCAAAAACAAGCGGCUUUAAUGUUUUUGGACAUUUGAUGAUGUUUCCUGGGAUUUUUUUUUGUUUAAAGUUUUAGAAUAUAUGAGUUGUCAGAGCAUCCACAAUCAGUAGCCUUGGAUCUGAAAGGUUUAGAUCCAGAAUGAAAAACGACUCCUCUAAGUCAAUCUUCUCCUCUGGUAUGUGUGGCAGAAAUCAUUCUGGCACUACCUUUGGGGUGCCACCUUGGUGCAUUCUGAGGUCAGCAACUGCUGUCCUAGCUCCUCUGGUCCAGAAACUGUGGUGUCUGAGGUGAGGCUGUGGAAUUUAUUUUGCAUCUCAAAUGACUCGGCCUGACUCCUGACAGACCUCCUCCUGUGCCACAUACCUCCAGGCAUCUUGUCUCCUGCAGUGGGUGAUCUUCCACCUCUGUAGGGGCACCUAUCCGAGUUGGUGUUACAGCGCAGCCCACUUAGCUCUGUCAAGGGACCCACAUCAUCCCCCCAAAGCUCAAAGUCUGGCAACAACGUGGGCCUCAAGUCGCUGUACCUUCUCUUCCAGCAAGGCAACCAAUUUGCGCUUGUGACAGGUGUGCUUUUGCACAUUCUCCGGCAGGAAGAUGAACGUGGCACAGUGUGGCAAGUCCUUUCAACAGAUCCCUCACCUUCCUAUGCCCCGUGUACAUUCUGAGGGAGUACUGCAAGUCUCGCCCUCAAAUCCUCCACCAAACAUUCCUGUUCACAAGUUCCCGGAAGCUGCAAUAGGGCUAAGUAUAUCUGCUGGUGGUUUCUAACUCCGUCCCUCAACUUCCUGUUCGGUGUGGCUUCCUCUCAGCAGUAGCUUUUCCCCUCCGACCAUGGGCUUAGCAGAGCACACAGCCAAAAACCGGCUCACCAUCAUGCCUCCAAAC